UGUGGUGGGAAAUGCAGGCGAAAAUGGCGAAUGGUCUCGCUCUCAUCACUUGUUUGUUCGUUUCUCUCCACUUCCACCACUCCUAUUCCUCUCCUUCUCGCCCACUCACCGGAGUCCAACCUCUAGGUCAACUCUCUUUCUCUCUCUCUAGACAAGGUUUUAUUGAACUGUGAAAUACUGUAUGUGUUGGAUCGCUACAGAUGUCAAGUACUACGACGCGGAGCUGAUCAAAUGCAAAGACGGAUCUAAAUCCUUCACCAGAGAUCGUCUCAACGACGAUUUCUGCGAUUGCGCUGAUGGCACUGAUGAACCCGGAACUUCUGCAUGUCCAGCUAGCAAAUUCUACUGCAAAAAUACAGGCAGUACACCCAGAUUCUUGUUUUCUUCUCGAGUGAAUGAUCAGAUUUGUGACUGCUGUGAUGGAAGUGACGAAUAUGAUGGAACUGUCAUUUGUCCUAACAAUUGCGUCAUGGGUGGGAAUAUUGCAUAUCAGAAAAUAAAUUAUGACUUAGAAAGUAAUCAGGAACUGGAUUUUAUUAACUCAAGAAAAACCAAACCUGGAAAUAAGAUGGAGGACUCAUCACAGAAACUUAAAAAAGGCUUGAAGUCCAUGGUCUACCUCCAGGUGGGUCUUCUUAUUUUUGUCCUGGCAUUUUGUCUUUAUCGGCACCACAAGCCCAGAAGAAGACAUUUCCGGUGACAGAUGUGUCCUUGAUAUAUACAUCUUCAUCAUGAGAAUGGCACGGUGAUGAAGAUUUUGGUGCUAUGACCCCUACAAUUUGAUGUCAGAGGAAGUAAUUGCUGCCAUUACACGUUACUUCUUGGGAGUGAUGGAUGGAAGAUGGAACAUUUUGCCAACAUAAGGUGUGGAGUGAAUCCAGCUGUCAAAGAGCCAUUUCAAGACCAUUGCUAUUCGAGACGUUGAAGAGCGGAUUGGAGGCCUCAGUGACUAUUAUAUGAAAAGAUGGAGCUAUCUUCAUUUUUAAGCCAAGGCGGAUUUCGAGGAAGCAAUCUUUGUUAUAAGGUUUAGCUUCUGAUCUCUUACAUAAUAUACGUCUUGUGUCUUGUUGUGUUGUGUUGUGUUGUGUUGUGUCACGUAUAUUGGUGCGAAUUCUGUUUAAAUCAUGUCUGAUUGCCCUAUUUUUCUGUUUCCGUGAGUUUGUUGUGUCUCCUAUGUGCAUAUUUCAUGCUUCAUCUAUGCUGAGUUGUGCAUAUAUUUCUUCAUUCUAUUCCGUGUUUAAAUUUCAUAUGCAGUUGGACUAUUUAUUCUCAAUCUUGUUUUAGUUUCAUAUUGUAUUUAUUGUGACUAUAAUAUAAUUAGAAUGUGAGGGAUGUACGUUGAUCUAGUGGUAGAGUGGUUAAUGUCUGGACCAAAGAAUAUAAUUAGAAUGUGAGGGGUGUAUGUUGACUUAGUGGUAGAGUGGUUAAUGUCAGGAUCAAAGGUCACUGGGCCUUUAAAUUAUGUUUAUUUGCCAAAAAGUAUUGGGAUGAAUCUAUCCCCCAAAAUUUUAACGUGAACUCUGGGAGUACAAAUCAAUUUUGUCUACCAAGUGCCAAGAUGGAGCUACUAUUCAAAUAAUUUCUUUCUUGAUUCUUAUUUCUGAGCAAUACUAUUUGUUUAUGUUUUUUUUUUUAAUCUAAAACCUAUUAUACUUAGUAACUAGACUUUGUUGAACUAUAUACUUAUUGUCUUGGUUGAGUAGUGAUAAAAUGCAAACUAUAAAUAUUGUACAAACUCUAAACUUUAAUUUGGACCGUUAGAAAAUAUCAACGGAUGACAAAAUAACAGCAAUAAAAAAUGUCAACACAGUUUUAACACAACAUCAACCGUUGAAACUGUGUUGGCAUUUUUUGUUACUAUGAUUUUGUCAUCUGUUAAUAUUUUCCUAGAGUUUGCAUCUGAUUACAUUCAUAUUUUCCUGAUUGCAAGUCAUAUCUAUAAUAUAUUUAAUGCGUAUGAUGAAAGUAUUAUUUUUUAAAUUUUAAUUACUAGUACUAUAUAAAUGGGUGAAAUUAGACAAAAGAUUUAACAUGCAUAUAAUAUAGGCAUUGAUAGAGAGAAUAUAUGUCCUUUAUCAGCGUAGGUAUAUUAUUUUAUUUUGCCAUGGCAUAAUUGUAGUAUGUCGUGAGCACGUUACUAUAAAUUGGGUUCUAUGAUUCCCGGUAGAAUAUUUAUCAAUUUUUUUUAAAAACAAAGUAAUUAUUAUAAAUUUAUUAUUUUAUCACAACUAAUAAAGUUAAAUCCCACCUUAACUUCAUGAACGAAUUUCACAAAACUAAGCUACAAUAAAAAUCUAAUCGAGUCGGGAUCUAAAUAACUCAUCGAGCAUCCAACCAUCAAUCUCCUCUCUUUCGCUAUAUAACAACAUAAUAUAACUCAUUACAAUUGUUGGAUCUAGACGGGUCGAAAAACUCCAUUAAAUUCAAUUUUUUGUGGUUCACUUCCAUUCUUAAUCCGUCAUCCAUAGUCUGUCAGUGAGCGAUGGUUGCUGCACCGUUUCUCCUUUCUGAUAUUGGGCCCAAUCUUUUUCACUAUGUCCGAUCCCACGAGUUUCAUUUAUUGUAUACCAUUGCUCAUUACUAUGCACAAAUGUCACCUUAAAUAACUGUUUUAAGAAUAAAUAUUAUGAAGAGAGCUAUAUAGAUAGUGAUGCCCCUACAUGUGGGUAUAGUUUGUAGACAAAGUAGAGUGAAGAGAAGGGAGAGAGGUUUUGGGCAUGCAAACAUUUCACAUGGGUAGGCAUGAUCCCUUUCUAAUACCCUUCACUUUCCACAGCUCAUCCCUCCAAAAAUACUUCUCCUUUCCCAUUAUUGUGCCCAACCCACAAAUUUCGUUUCUCAUUCCAUUCGCUUGCAUCUUUUAACUAAUCAAUAUUUCUCCAAAAAGAGAUUUAAAAAAUAAGUUGACAAGAUUGUUCCGAGGCUAAUGAAUGGGUGGAAUGAAUGUUGAUGGAAGAGAGAUCCAACGGCCACCAAUGAUUGUAAGAAGAUGAAAUAAACAGUGGAGGCCACAAGGGCACGUGCUUCUGAUUCCCACUCAGUUUUCAGUUAAUAAACUACUCUCACUCAACUCAACUCAACCCCCAACCCCACCUCACCUAUCCCCCUACCCCCACCCACUAAGCUGUAGAUAGCUGUCCUAAUCUUCCCCCAUGUGACCCCACCCUCAUAGACAGUAAGAAAUUCUUAUUUUUUAGAAACAAAAUUAUUUAAUUUUGGUGAAAGAUAAUGGAAUUAUGGAGAUGUGAUUGUGAUGAUGAUGUUCCUAUGGCUAUAUAAAAUUGUUAGAAAAUUAUUUCAUUCUUCUUUUUUAUUUGCGUGUGGGAUUUGUGUAUAUAUAAGCCCUUCAUGUUGACAUAUUGUAGUUUAGCCUUGCAAUAUUGUUUUUAAGUCUCAUGGCUCAAUUACCUCCAAAAAUCCCCACCAUCACCACAAAUUGGGCUGAUUUCUCCCACCAAAAAAUGGGGGGAUUGUCAAUCAGCAACCACCACAACAACAACAAUCCGACGUGGAUCGACGAGUUCCUCGACUUCUCGUCGGCCCGCCGCGGGUCCCACAGGCGGUCGAUGAGAGACUCGAUCGCCUUCCUGGAGGCCCCGAUGGCGGAGGAGUGCCUCAAGUCGAACUCCUCCGCCGUCGGAAAGGACGGCGGGUUCGAGGGGCUCGACGAAGACCAGCUCAUGUCGAUGUUCAACGACGACGUGGAACCAGGCGCCUCGAACCCCUCGUCCCCGUCCGACGACCACAACAGCAUCAACGACGACGGGCCUCCCGGCCCGUCGUCGGACCCAAGGGCGGUUCACCCGAAGAGCGAGCCGCAGGAGGACGACGACGGCCUAUACACCUCCGCCGCGACGGAUAAUUCCGGCGAGAGGAUCGCCGAUCCAAAGCGGAUCAAGAGAAUUUUGGCGAACCGGCAAUCUGCGCAGAGGUCACGAGUGAGAAAAUUGCACUACAUUUCUGAGCUAGAGCGCAGCGUUUCUUCUCUUCAAGCUGAAGUAUCAGUGUUAUCACCACGAGUAGCUUACUUGGACCACCAACGCCUCGUACUAAAUGUUGAUAACAGUGUUCUCAAGCAAAGAAUCGCAGCUUUAGCUCAAGAUAAAGUUUUCAAAGAUGCUCAUCAAGAAGCAUUAAAGAGGGAAAUUGAGAGGCUGAGGCAAGUAUACUACCAACAAAACAUGAAGAAAAUGGAGAAUGAUUCACCAUCACGAGUUGCUGAUACUGAGCAAGAGCAACUAGCAGUUAACUGACAUGAUAUGCCAUACAUUAAUUUCCAAGGAAAAGCAUUACCAAAUAAAGAGCAGCCUUUGUGAACUAUAGAGUAAUCAAGUUCACAUUUAAGAAGCUCUUAUGUUUGUUUUAUUAGGAAAAUUCUCUUUUCUUGGCUUAAUUUUAGGGAGGAGAGUGGCUAUUUAUUUCUAUUUUAUUUUAUUUUAUUCUAUUCUAUUUUUUUUAUCAUCAGCCAAUCAUCAAAUUUUAUUCUUAGAAGCAUGUCAGUUUGUUGUAGAAAAUGGGUUUUUGUUGGGAUGCAUGUAAACGUGUGUAUUAACUAUUACUAUAUCACUACCUCCAUCUACGAAAAAUUAUCUUGUUUUUUUUCA